CAACGUAAUUUAGCAGGGGCCACUAGGUAUAUACAUGCAUUAGGCUUAAUACUCCGGCCAUUAGCCCAAGGCCUAAUACUAAUUUCUUAAUCCAACUCAGCCCAAAGCAAUUAGUCAAUGGUUAAAGCCCACAUUGGCACGUACGUAAUAGCCUAGGGCCUAGGCAAAACAGAAGCGAUCGCUUCAUGCUGAUGCACGGAUGCACGGUACGUAUUCCUCAUCGAUCGAUUCAGUUUCCCAGCUGUACGAGAUCCAAUCUGCUUGUUUCGCCACUGCUUAGCCGCCGCCGACUUCCUCUUCAUCUCCUCUGAUAACUGACGGGAACUUCUGCCGUCCCGCGCGCCGCGUCGCCAAACCAAGUGGAGUUGCCUGUCAUGAAGAGGAAGACACCGCCAAUUAGUAGUUUUUUCAAGCCUGUUGGUUCGACUUGCAACUCUACAGCUGAAGAUGCUAAUCCACCCAAGGAGACGGAGAUUACAGCAGUUGAUGCGCAAACGCCGGAUAAAAAUAUUGAGUCAUCUGUCGUAGUCUCAGAACAAGCUAGAGUUGGAAGCACAGCAUAUGAGCGAGACCCGGGAAAACGUCCACAGAUUUGGGAUCUGCCUAUUGAUAAGCAAGUGGAAGCACGUCAGUUCUAUGUUUCUGAGGGGCCAUACCAGCCAUAUAUGAGAGAGUAUCCAUAUAACACUGAUGAACCAAAACAUCGUCGCCGGUUCCAAUUUAGUUGGUUCAAGCAAUUCCCUUGGCUAGAGUAUUCACCUUUUUCAAAGCGCGCAUACUGCUUGCCUUGUUUUCUCUUUUCAAAAAAGCCAGUUGGAAAGAGUGGCUCAGAUACUUUCACGGUUGUGGGCUUCGAUAGGUGGAAGAAGGUAAAUAGUGGAAAAGAUUGUGCUUUCUUAACUCACAUGGGUAAAGAUGCUAGUUCAGCCCAUAACUACUCAACUCGGUGUUUUGAGAAUUUUAAAGAUGGCACCACUCAUAUCGACAAGGUGAUUGAGAAAUCAUCCGCAAAAACAAUUGCAGAUGCAAGAUUAAGACUCAAAGUUACAAUUGAUUCCAUCAGGUGGUUAACAUUUCAGGCUUGUGCUUUUAGAGGCCAUGAUGAAUCUUCAGGAUCCAUAAACCAGGGAAAUUUCCUCGAACUAGUAAAGCUUCUGGCUUCUUACAAUAAGGAGGUGAAUGGUGUUGUCUUGGAUAAUGCUCCUGGAAAUGCAAAAUACAUUGCUCAUUCGGUUCAGCAGGAGAUUCUUGAUUUACUUUCUCGGAAGGUACAAAAAAUAAUUAGAGAAGAAAUUGGUAAUAGCAAAUUUUGUAUAAUGGUUGAUGAAGCCCGUGAUGAAUCUAAGAAGGAGCAAAUGGCAUUGGUACUGCGCUUUGUCAAUAAUGAAGGGAUUAUAAUGGAGCGUUUCCUUGAUGUCGUUCAUGUCAGUGACACUGCUGCAUUGACUCUCAAGCAGUCAAUUUACGCUAUUCUAGCGGAUAAUAAUUUAAGUGUGCAAGAUAUUAGAGGCCAAGGCUAUGACGGGGCAAGUAAUAUGUGAGGGGAGUGGAAUGGUCUGAAGGCUUUGAUUUUGAAGGAUUGCCCUUAUGCAUAUUACAUUCACUGUAUGGCUCAUCAAUUACAAUUGGCUCUUGUUGCAGCAUCAAGAGAGGUACAGGAAGUGCAUAAUUUUUUUCAGCAUGCAAUUUUCAUUAUAAAUGUUGUUAGUGCAUCAUCUAAACGAAAUGAUGAGUUGCUAGCAAAUCAAGCAGCCAAAAUUGCACGUGAAAUUGAAUUGGGGGAUUUGGAUACUGGAAAAGGGGCAAAUCAGAUAGGAUCUUUACAGAGGCCAGGAGACACUAGAUGGAGUUCCCACUUUAAGUCAAUUCAGAGCUUGAAGAGGAUGUUUGGUGCUACAAUUUCUGUCUUGCGAAGUAUAGCAACCGACCGUUCGGUCUCAAGAUAUUCCCGAGGAGAUGCUGGAGGCGCAUUAAAGAUAAUCAUCUCUUUUGAUUUUGUAUUUAUUAUGCACCUCAUGGAGAAAAUUAUGAAAAUCACCGAUGUCUUGUGUCAGACACUCCAGAGGAAAUCAUUGGAUAUUUUAAAUGCAUUAGAAUCAGUUUCAAACACAAAAAUACUAUUGGGCAAUCUGAGAGAAGAUGGUUGGGAACCUCUUUUUAGUGGAGGUUAACGCUUUUUGUGUGAAACAUGAAAUUGAGAUCCCUGAUAUGACUCUCAAGUAUGUUGAUGUUACUAAGUCUCGGAACAAACAUGAUAACACCACAAUGAAUCAUCAUUAUAAAGCAGAUGUGUUCAAUGUGGCGAUUGAUCAACAAUUGGUUGAGCUAAAUGAGCGAUUUGGUGUUCAAACUGCAGAGCUUCUUACACUUUGUGCAUCAUUGGAUCCAAGACAUGAGUCAUUUGACAUGUCAAAGAUUUGCACGCUUGCAGAAAAAUUCUAUCCGGCAGAUUUUUCUAAUCAAGAACGGGCUCAGUUGGAGUCAGAACUUCCACAUUUUCAGUUAGAUGUUUGCAACCAUCCAGAUCUGAAGUCGUUGCCAUCACUUGCUGAUUUGACAGCCGGACUAGUCAAGACGGGUAAAGUUUCUAUGUAUUCAAUGGUUGAUAGGUUGUUGCGUUUGGUCAUCACUCUCCCAGUGUCAACUGCAACCACAGAGCGAGCAUUUUCAGCAAUGAAGCUUAUCAAGACACGUCUUCGAAAUAAAAUGGGUGACGACUUUCUUCGGCACUACAUGGUGGUGUAUAUUGGAAAAGACAUAGCUGCAAAAAUCGAUGUUAAUGAGAUUAUUGAUUUGUUUGAUAGGCCGGGUCGUAGAUCCACAUUCAAACUAGUAGAAAUGUAGUUCUCUUUUCAGUAUAUUGUUACAUUUUAAUAUCCAUAGUAUACACUUAUA